AUGGUUGGGAAAUCCGAUUGUCCAUUUUACGCACGAAUUGAAUUGUUAGCAGAUAAACUAGCCUUAAAUCUACCCAAUUUUAGAGUUACCAAGAUUGUUAAACAACCAAAUGAAUGGAAAGAAUUUAUUAAAUGGAUUAAAGAAACGCAUGGUUGGUCGAUAGAACAAUCACCAGUUGUCUGGAGAGAAUUAGUCAAUAAAGGCGGUAAAGGCAUUUUAAUCGGUGGAGCAAAUGAAUUUCAAGAGUUGUUAGCUGCUUAUUAUGGUGAACAAUGUUCAAUGCCAACUGAAAAAAUCUUACAGAUUGUUGAAGAUAAUAUCCGAUAUAAAAAUGAAGAAGAUGAAGAGAAGAGAAUAGAAAUUGCUAAUAGGAUACCUUCAACAGGGAUUUUAAUUAUUGGUGCAUCUACACCAGCGACUAAAGAAAUGCUUGGUAUUAUUAUGAAUGAGAAAAAAUUCACUGACGGUUUAAUCGAUUUAUACUUACAUGAUGUAGUGGAACGUCAUUAUUAUUUGUAUCAUUUACAAGAAAUGCUUCAAGAAGGAGCAUUUGCUAAAGUCAACAAUAUCUGCGUGCUUGAUGAUAGUGAUGAAUGCUUGUCAAUUGUGAAACAAGUGAUUAUUAUGGAUGUGGUCCCACGAAUAUGCUUAAAUGCUACAAAUACUGACAGAGAAGAGGAGGAGGAGGAUGUCUGGGAGUCAAGAGAUCAGUGGUUACGACGAAGAUUUUUAUACUUUAAUAAACUUGGACAAAAGAUAAAAGAAAAAUGUCAGAAAUCAGUACGCAUUUUAAUAGCUGGUUAUCCAGGUUUAGGCAAACUAUCUGUGCAAACAGCAUCACCUAUAUGCUUUGAUUUGACAGCAUUAUAUAAAAUUGUGUCAACAAAAAUACCAUCAUCUCAGAUAGUUGGUCUAGUCAGACCAAUUGAACUACGCGUAAAAGCUACAAUAGCUAAACACUUGAAAGUACGCACAUGUGAUGUCACUGAUCUUGUGAUCUGGGGCAAUGCAGGUGGUUCAAUGUUUGCAGAUCUUUCGCGUUGUUGUGUUUCUUGUAGAACAGCAAUGGGUACAGGUGUUGUUGGUGGAUGUUUUCUUCGAUUUCCGGUAUUAACUGUAGCUGAAAAUCCAAAAUGGUUAACCACGGAAUUAUUAAAUGUUGCUUUUAAAGAAAGCAGUAUGAAACAUGGAUUAGUUCAUGGGAAUGCUAUAAGUGAUCUAUUGAAAGAAUGGUGGAGUGUUAAUCAAAAUCGAAAUGGACAGAUUACCUCACUUGUUAUGAUAUCAAAUGGUGACUGGUAUGGUGUCCCAAAAGGAAUUGCAUUUUCAUAUCCAAUUAUUUCUACUGGGAAUGGUAAUUGGUCCGUUGUAGAAGAUAUGCCUAUGACACCUGAAAGUGAAGCUCAGCUGAAGACCUGUAUUCAAAGUAUCCUUGAAGACUGGGCAGUUAUUGAUCCUGCACCGUUGGAGGCAUUUUUAAAACAAGGUAAAAGACCAGAAGAUAUUAUUAAAUAUGAUGAUGAAUUUGAGGCACAGGACAGUGAUGAACUACUUUGA